AACAUAUCGCUUGCCAUCAGCACCGGCAUCACCGCGAGCUCGUUCAAAUCUCCCUCUGCACAAACCCCGGGAUUUCCCAACUCUUUGUGCUGCCCCAGCUUUGCAGCUUGCUUACAUUUAUUUCCCUUACCACUUAGUUAAUGUAAUUCAAGAGAGGAAGAGAGCACAGCACGCCAACGUCUCUGUCUCCUCCCCUCAUCUCCCCCAGUCGACCAUGAAAUUCACCAUGAUGAAGCUGUUCCGCCGGAGCAAGAAGUCCAAAUCCGAAAAGACACAGUCAAACUCAAACUACGACGACGAUUCCCGAUAUGCUUCUGGCGGUCCCAGCGGCCACGGCCCGCAAUACGGCAACGGCCACAAGAAGAACGGUUACAGCCUCGGCAGCGCGGGAGGUUACCCCCACCAGAAGGACAACCGCUUUGCCGCCACGCCCAUAAACAACGGCGUCUUCGCGCCCUGGCUGGAAUUGCCAGCACCCAUACUGCAGAGGGUUUUAUCGUUCGUGUGCCCUCACUCUCGCGACGAGAGCUAUGAGACCUGCGAGCAGAGCGCCAUUGAAGAUGCGUGCAUGCUGUGCGAUCUCAGGGACAUAUCCCAUGCCGGUAUGGUCUGUCGCGGUUGGAGGAAAGUUGCUGUGCCUAUGAUGUACCAUAGCAUACGCAUCGACGCGGUUCACUACUGCGAGCGCGAAAUCUACCUCUCGGAAAAACGAAAGCGCAAGACCAAAUUCGAUCGGAAUGGCCUCCCCGAAGACACGGCAAGCGCACGGCUACAGCUUUUAUGCCGCACCCUUCGGGAUGAUCCCACAAGGCUAGGCAAGAUGGUGCAGUACUUCAAGACGCCCUACAUGCUGCGAGAAUCCAAGACGGCGGAUCUGGCGAGGACGAUUGCUGUCCUGCCAAACCUGAAGUAUCUCGACCUGCCCGAAGGUGUCUUCCUCGGCGACCCGCAAUAUGCAACCCUCACCAUGGAGGUGCAGGCCCGGUGUCCGGAUCUUAGAAAGAUGUCGUACAUUGGUGGCAGCGAACACAAUCUGCAGGCCUUGGGUUCAGGCACCGUCUGGCAGAAGCUCGAGGUGUUGGAGCUCGGCAAGAUCAACAUGGAUCCUCAGGUGCUGCGGCAUGUCCUGUCGGCGAUGCAGUAUCUGAGAGCUCUGAAGGUGUCCGAGAGCAGAGUCAUGGAUGACGACAUCUUCAAGCAUAACGACGUCUUGCCGCCGUUGCCCGCGCUCGAGGAGCUGAUCCUUAUAGAAACGCCUCGUGUGACGGCGAGCGGUUUGGUCGCAUACCUGUCGCGACAAGAUGUGCAGUAUCGCCUCAAGGUCCUCUCCCUGCACGAUGCUGGUGUUCAUCCUCAAGCCUUGCAAGACGUCUUGGCGAAUGCGCCCAAUUUACAGACCCUUUCGCUGAUUCAUGAGGUGGACACGGCAUUCCCAAUGAGCAAUACGAUCCCGCCCCUCGCAAAUUUUGCCCUCAAGACACUGCGAUACGAGGUUUCAGCCUCUCCGAACGUCAAUCCGUACCUCGGCAUGACGCAAGGCUAUUACAAUUACUUGGCGCAGUCACUCUUCGCUGGCGGCUUCCCGUGCCUUACAUCUUUGUAUGUGCGAGAUCCGAACUUCCCUGAUCUUCUGCUCGGACUGCCGCCGCCAGUGCCCGGUUAUGCGGGUAGUCAGCAGCGCCCUGGAAGUUCCGGUUCGAUGGGCAUGUUCUCCUUGGGGAGCAGCGGCUCGCUCAGCCCUACCAACACUGGUGGCUUUACUGCGCCCAAUCACGGUCUCGUAGCACCCGGCGGCAACACCAACAGAUUCAGCAGCAACAACCCGUUUGCAAAUGUACAACGCAACUUUGGAUCCGCUGGCAAUGGUCUUGGUCCGCCCAUGUUGAGCCUGAACCAGCCGCUAGAAGUGUUUACCAAGGGCGACGAUGACAAUGAUUGGGGCCUAAUCAAGAUGGAUCCCUAUGAUAACCCGGGUUAUGCGGGGGGCCGAGGUGUAGGUAGUGGCCCCCGACAUGGCAGAAGCAGCUCGACACAUACUUUGGAGCGGCCCCUGAGCAGUUACGGGUUGUCAGAUGUCGGGGCCGGUUGGAGGGAGGGCACAGGUGGCGCAAGAAAAAGCAUCAUGAUAGGCAACGGAGCCGGCGGGUUCCUGGCCGUGCCGCAAGGUAACGAAGGCCCUUUUCCUAGGCGGAGAAGCGAGGGGACGGGCUCUGAUGAGUGGCCAAGACCCAUGAGCAGCUCGGGGAAGAUCAAGGGUGACAAGGAUAUGUGGCGAUAAACGGCGACUGCAUUGUCGUUGUCGUUGGGCAAGAGCGACGCAAAUGUCUCGACGGUGAUACUAGGCGGUCAUCCAUGGGGGGACGAAGAUAUGAGGCAAGAUUGGGGCUACGAAUAGGAUGCGCUGUACG